AUCAGUAGAGAAAACUGUACACAUUCCAUUAUAGAAGUUUCGUUUUGAGAAUCAAUUUGCAGCUCAGCCAGCCUUUAACCCAGGUUUCAUUACCGUGUUCACAGAAUUAGAUCAGGAUCCUAUCUUGAAUUAGAUAAGGACAGUUACCAGUCUCACAUUUUAUUAUUUCAAAGAAACGUUUCAAUAUUAUCACCCAUUUUGGCUUAUAUCUCCCAAGUAGAUCCUUUCCUUUCAGGUUUAGUGUCCAAAAUUUUUAUAUAUCUCAGCUCUUCCAGGGAUGAAACACGCCAUUUAACUUUACCUUCCUUAUGCCGAUCACCUUGACAUUCUACUGAAUACAAUUCUGCAGGGCUAAUGAAAAUACAAAUCAGUUAGAACAUUCUCAAGAUUUUUUUUAGUUUCAUUUCAUCAACACGUGUACGGACAAAUCCCCUUUCUGCGCGUUCGUAUAUAAUCACUUAGAUGACUUUCGUUUUUACACAGAGCGUAGAUAAGAGCCAACAUGAUUAGUAAUCUCCUUUACUUAAAGUAUAAACAAGUAAGGACACCCAUUGGCAUAGAGUUCAAUUUUUUUAACCAAAUUAUUGUUUAAACUAUCUUAUCAUUAACUUGGGACGUUUAAUAGAGCACAGAGUUUUGCUACUCACACAAGUUAGAAUUCUCUUCAAAGGCGGAUGUACGUACUACAGUUCUAUGGGAAGUGAAUAGUCAUGGAGACACUCUCUUGCAUAUCCGUACUCGUUGGUGUUUUCGCUGUGUCCCUCGGAGCACUCUAUCUUUACUCGAAGCACAGGUUCAACUACUGGAGGAAGAGAGGUGUCCUUCAACUGAAACCAUCUUUUCCUUUUGGUAAUUGUAGAGACCUUGUGCUGAUGCGGAAAUCAUUUGGAGAAACAUUCGCUGAACAUUACAAACUGUUUGCUGGCAAUGCAUUUGGUGGAGCGUACAUGGCACUAAGGCCAAUACUGCUGAUUCGAGAUCCAGACAUAAUCAAAAAUAUUCUUGUUAAAGAUUUUGAUCAUUUUCAUGAUCAUGGAUUCGACUUUGAUGAGAAAAUUGACCCGUUAUCUGGAAACUUGUUUAUGUUGACUGGGCUGAAGUGGAAAGAACUUAGAACAAAGUUGUCUCCCACGUUCACAUCAGGGAAGAUGAAAAUGAUGUUCCCGACUUUGGUUGAUUGUGGAGUGGAACUACAGGAGUACCUGCAAAAUUUCGCAGACAAGGACGACAUGCUGGAAAUGAGAGAUGUACUUGCCAAGUUUUCCACUGAUGUUAUUGCUUCUUGUGCUUUCGGCAUACAGUGUAACUGUCUCAAGAACCCAGAUGCAGAAUUCAGGCAGUGGGGGAAGAAAGUUCUAGAAGUAUCUUUCGAAGUGAUUUUAAGAAAUCUGAUGUAUAUGUUACUGCCAUCUGUCGCAAUUGCUCUCAAAAUAUCGAACACGCCUAACGACAUUACAAACUUCUUCCGCACGAUGGUCCACGAGACGGUCAACUUCCGAGAGAGGCAUUCUGUGGAGAGAAAGGAUUUCUUGCAAUUGCUGAUCAAACUCAAGAACAAAGAAAGCCUUGAACCCGACACUUUAUCCACACAGCAGAAUGAAGAAUUUGCUGGCAUGACAAUGGACGAGAUUGCAGCACAAGUGUUCGUUUUCUUUAUCGCUGGUUUCGAGACUUCCUCGACGACCAUGAGCUAUUGUUUGCACGAGCUGGCACUGAACCCCGACAUUCAGCAACGAAUGAGGGAAGAGGUCGACAGGGUUCUGCUGAAACAUGAGGGGGCCAUCACGUACGAGGCAAUCCAAGAGAUGGAAUAUUUGGACAAGGCCAUAUCGGAGACGCUGCGCAAGUAUCCGCCAGUGCCCACCCUCAAUCGGGACUGCAGCAAGGACUACCGGAUACCAGGAAGUCACGUGACUGUAGAGAAAGGAACGCACAUAGUCAUCCCCGUGGAAGCGUUACACCACGACCCGCAAUAUUACCCAGAGCCUGACAAGUUCGACCCUGAUAGAUUCAGUGAGGAGGCAAAGACCAGCAGGCACCAUUAUGUAUACCUGCCGUUCGGAGAGGGACCCAGGCUCUGUAUAGGAAUGCGCUUCGGGCUUAUGCAGACAAAAGUGGGACUCGUCUCACUGUUAUCAAAAUACGAGUUCAGCGUCUGCAGCAAAACAUCAAUCCCCUUGAAGAAGGACCCAAAGCAGUUUAUCAGCACCCCCAUAGGUGGAGUCUGGCUUCAGAUCAGGAACAGAUCUGCCAACAGAGACCAGUGAAACCCCACGCAACCUUAAUGCAGUGUAAAUAAUAUAUAUAUUGUGUAAUAAAAUAUAAUAUAUGCACUUUAA